CACUGUCAGUUAUUGGUGUCUAAUUUCUGCUGUGAUAUAAUUUUACAUUUUGUCACGAUGAGAAACAGCUCCGUUACAGACCAACACCAGCAAAGCCACAUUCAUAUGGAAAGUCAUGGCAUUCAACAACUACUAGUGGCAGAGAAAAAGGCAGCUGAAAAAAUUGCCGAUGCUAGAAAUCGUAAGGUUAAGAGACUCAAACAAGCAAAAGAAGAAGCAGAAGCUGAAGUAGAAAGAUACAGGCUCCAAAGAGAAAAAUACUUCCUUCAAUAUGAAGCUCAAUAUGCAGACAGUGAUCAUGUAGAAACGAAAAUUCAACACGAUAUGGAAACGCAAUUGCAAAACUGUAAAAGAGAUGUAGAACAAAACAAGGAUAAGGUAAUUGAAGACCUUAUAUCCUUUGUUACAGAUGUUGAACCAAUAGUCAACCCUAAUUUUUUUAUUUUGAAAUCGUUUAAUAAAAUCUAAGAACAGCAUA